CUUUCCCCAACACAAAUAAUGUCAUGUGCGUGCAUUAAAAGCCUUCCUUGUCGUUUUGUACAGCGCUCGAAACAAACGAGCUAUCAUAAGGAGUGGAGUUAAUUUAAAUGUCGAAUCACGUGAUGAAUUCAUUGUUGGCGUUUUGACAGCCAUUGAAUUGCUUGAUUCUGGGUUUUAUUCGAAGACCAGUGUGCGAAUAAGGGCAUCAUGGACGACGCCGAGUAUAUGGAUAUCGAUGGGCCUGACUUCAUCAACGAAGUCAACCAAGAAAUCGCCAGUUAUCGUGCUGAACAGCGUGGUACACUGGCGGACGAACAUCGUUUUUCCAAUGCUCAGUCGUUGGAAGCAGACCAAGCUAUUCACCAGUACUAUCAGUACUACGCUACGCAAUCAUGGACACCUGAAUCGUACAGUCAUGUCGUGGUAUUGGAUACCAAUUUCUUAAUUUCGCAUUUGGGUUUCUUAAAGGUGGUUCUCGACCUUGCUGAUCAAUAUCCUGAUCGACUCGUACUGGUGGUCCCGUGGGUCGUAGUCACCGAGCUUGACGGUCUCAAGGGCCAUUAUAAACCUCAGCGCAGUAAAGGCGUGGAUAUCGGCAAUUUGGGCGACCUUGCUCGGAAAGCCAUGCGAUUUCUCGAAUCCACUCUGCGUGAUAAGCACAAAGGACUGCGAGGACAAAAAAAAUUCGAAAUCUACGACGCCACAGCAGAUCUGAUCUUGGGAGAUGACAAGAUUCUUGAUUGUUGUAUGUAUUUUCAAGAAUGUUUAAACAAACAAGUCACUCUUUUUACAAACGAUCGUAAUCUGGCUAUCAAGGCUAUGAUCCAUCACAUUUCAGCAUUAUCCGCUGAAUCCAAACCGCGCAUGGCUCAAUUCCUCAACAGCAUCACUAAUAUGACAUCGAUUCACUCCCCGAAACCACCCAAGUUCCUUCCUCGUCAACUUCCGCCGCCUGCAUUGAUCUCGGAAAGAGCUGCCCGAUCGGUUCCCCAAAUGGCACAGACGAUGGAAUUAGAUCCCUAUGCGAUACCAUCGUAUUCGGCUCCGAAUACGUCAACAGAUUCAGAUUUCGACAUGGAUAUUGACGAUGAGUAUGUACCACCCGUGAAACCUCCCACCCAACCCAAACCCAAACCUAAACCUAAACCGAAAUCGUCGCCACAAUCCUUCACCGAUCUUUGGGCGUCCGUUCACGCGCCCCCUAACUACCGCACCGCUUUCCGUACAGCACGAGAUUCAUAUUCGGAACCCUUGGACAGUGAAUACGCAAGUUACUUGGGAUCCCAAUCCGAAUUAAGAGCACCAACGAAAGAAUAUCAACCACCGGAUCCAUCCGCAUGGUCUAGCAAACCAAAAGAUCCAAUAGGCAAAAUCAUGGAUCGAUCCAUAUGGUCCUCGAAAUAUGCCCCUCAUUCAUGAAUUCCCCUCUCUCCCGAUUUAUGCUCGUCAUUUCUCAUACCUAUUCACAAUCCAUUUGUCCGUAAUUUUAUUGAUUUCCCAUUGUGCCAUCCAGUCGGAUUCUUUCAUAACCACAGCUAUGUAUUGAACUUGUGUAUCUUUCUCCGAUAAUACCCUUCCCCUGGAAAUGUAUGUUAGUCGUCAUGUAUUGCUUUUAGCGCAACUUAUAAUUUAUAAAUGGCAUGGCAAGAAGGUCUGAUCUAAUUCACUGUAACUUGUCGACAAGUGAGCAAAC